AUGCUGGAAAUCCUACGCCCAUUUAUGCAACGCGACGACGAUGAAAUUAUCGAGCUAGCUAAGGAGUCUCUCUCCAAGACUAUCUCCCCUGAAUUGGCUGUCUGCUUUGAGAUGGGGAUCUACCUCAUCCUCGUCGGGACCGUGGGGCAGUUGCAGGAGAAGUGUACUGUACCUACUAACGCAGACGACAACCACGUCGUGGUCAAGCUCGGCAAGUUUCCCCGGGCGGAACGUCUGGCUGUUAUAUACAUGCCCUCUGAACUUGCUUUCAAGGCCGAGAAGGCAGUGAAGGACUUCUUCCACGAGCUCCACGACGCCAAGCCGUUCAUGUACGAGGGGCAGACGGAGGUGUUUUCUCUUCCGUGUGAAAAGCUCCUGGGUAUAGUGGGGCACUUUACCGACAUUGCAAAGGAGGUGGAGAGCGUGAACGUGAAACAUAGUCUAUCUCACAUCAUCGAGACUCUCAAGCUGAACCUUGAGCAUACCACCGGAAUACAAGACAAGGUGGCUUUGAAAGAAGAGACGAUCGUGUUGAAGGAUGAGAAGGUGAUCUUAAAGGAAGAGAAUGCGCGUCUAUCACAACGUCUGAAUCUGAUUUCUGAACGUCGUGACGAAGAUCAAUACAAGCAUGCUGAGGAUUUGAGAGAGAUCAGAACUUAG